AUGAGCUCUCAGCACCGCGACCCAUGUGAUGACAAUUCCACAAAGGCACGGGUAAGGUUGCACACGUCUUCAGUAAGGAGAACGCAGGCUCCUCAAACUGCUACGGAGGCUAACAGUCACGCCGGGCGGGACAGCGCCGGAGCGAGAGCCACACCAAUUGUGACACGAGGUUUGUACAGCUUACUUGAAGACGAGAUUCAUAGCAACAAAACGCCACGUAAGGUUGCAGCGGCGCGCAAGGCUGGGCCCGGCUCUCGUCCACAGUUUCUCUUCUGUUACUUGUGUGGGCAACAGUUUAGCCGUGUGAGCCUUCCCAUCCAUCAACCACAGUGUUACGUGAAGAAACUCAUUGAAUGGGAGCGCAUGGAUCCUUUGAAGCGUGGGCCUCGGCCCAUGAGUCCGAAAAGCCAUGAAGAAAACCUAAAGGCUAUGCCUGCUGUGGAGCAAUCCAUCGGUAAGGGAGCUGACAAAGGUACGAAACUCGCAGGCCGUGAGCUAGAUCGAUUCAAUGAGCUGCAGAUUGAACAUUUCAACAAGAAUAUGCUACUGAAAUGCGAAACAUGUGGCCGCACGUUCCUGCCUGACCGCUUGGAGGUCCAUCAGCGCAGCUGCAAGCCGGGGAGCGCGAGUGCGUCGAGACCUGUUGGCCGAGCAGUUGCAAAGUCGGCUACACCAAACAAGACUCGCCGCCUUGCUGCCGAGCCAGCAACUGCAAGACGGAAAGAAAAGCUGAUCCCGAAAGCGUUCCCGCAAGACAAGGAAGAAGAAAUCGAUGCCGUUGCAGAUGUGGGUGACGAGGUAAAGGAAGGUGAGCCCGGAUUGUUGGACCCCACAACACUCAGUCAAACACCGCGUCCAUCUGGUGACCCUGACAAUGCACCGAAUGGGGAGGAGCAACAGCCAUCCACAGAGGAAAAGAGUGGCUUGGAGGCUGUCAGUGUUGCCCGUCAUCGAGUUGAGAUGAAGGCUUCCCAUUCUAGUCCCCAAGUUGGAAGUCUAGUCGAUUACCUCGAUCAAGAUAUAGAAAGAUUGAAGAUAUGUGAUGAUGUGGGUGCUGUAACCCCAAGAGCUCGUUCACCUCCACGUGACGAAACAAGUAGGGCGCGGUACUCUCUGAAGAGUAGCUUGGGGUCGACGGUAUCAAAGAAUGACAGAACUUCUGUAAGUCUCCGACGGAGUGAAGUCCCUGCAAGCAGUGAAGUCGCUGGUAAUACGUCGGUUUCGGUGGACUCAAGGGGUGGUGAUGACGAAGUUUCACCAGCGGCACCAGCGAAGAAAAUACAAUUAAAUAAUGUUUCCCACUUCAAGAAUGUUCAGUCUCGGCUAAAUCUGGGUGCCAAGAAGGAGGAGUUGCCACGAUGCCGAUUCUGCAACCGUACUUUCAAUGCAGAUCGACUUCAGAAGCACGAAAGUGUGUGUCUUGAACGUCACAAAGCUCCACCGAAGAGCGCAAGACCUUCCGCGACACCAAAUGCUGCGGGGAAGGUGGUCAAAAAGGAAGUAAAACCUCUGACGGCGCGUGGCGUUGCCGCUAAACCAGUACUUCACGAACAAGCCGUGAUGGCACCCUCAAACCCCCCGCGCAAAUCCGAACCAGCUUUAGAUGCAGCUGGAAGGUCCUCAUUGGAGACACCGCUGGCACCGAGCGCGACAUCAGCGCGGCUCCCCACAGAUAAAAGACUAUCCGUAUCAAGUUUAACACACCCUACUACUGCUGAAGGAACUCAUGAUGUUGGAUCCACCGAGGGUGCCCCUAGGAUCCGUUACUGUUUUGAAUGUGGCUUGAAGCUACCGUUCGAGUCCCAGCGGUUUUGUUCGGGGUGCGGAACGAAGCUCGUAGUGGAUGCGUAA